AUGUCCGAGUUAAAUGAACUGCUUAAGGAAAUAAACGCCUCGCUAGAGAGCACAUCUGAUUCGUUAGGUAAAUUGGACUCACUUUAUAAGGAUGAGACUGAACCUAUCGCUGAGAAGUUGGGUUCAUUCAUUAAGUUUAAUAAGAACGAAAAGGUUUCUUUACUAUCUUUGAAAAAUGAAACCAUGUUAUCAUAUCUUAAUAGUCUAUUAUUGAUAAUUGGGAAAAAAUUGAUACCUUCCGAUGAUGAUGGAACUGAAGCGCUAGAUCAGUUUAGGGAUAAGAGUAUUGAAAAUCGUGUUGUAUUAGAACGUGGUAUUAAACCUUUGGAAAAGAAAUUGUCCUAUCAGUUGGAUAAACUUCACAGGGCGUACUUAAAAGCAGAAAAGGAAUAUAAUGAUGCUGAAAAGCGUGCUCUGGAGAGAUCGACUAUAUCAGCUGCUGCUGAUGGUUCAAACGAUGAGAGUGAGGGUGAGGGUGAAGAGGAAAGUAGCAGUGAAGAUGAAGAACUGUCAUAUAGACCUAAUGCUAGUGGUAUAACGAAGACCGCAACAACGAAGGCUAACGAAACUACAGUGGAAGUUGAAGAUGGACAAGAAGAUAAUGGCGGGAUUUAUAAACCACCAAGAAUUAAUGCUGCAUUGCCACCCCAACAGCAAUCUCAUUUCGAAGAUAAGUUCAUCGUCAAAGAUCAUAAAAAUCGUAGUAAUAUAUCAAGGAUGCAAGCUAUGGAUGAAUAUUUGAAAGAAGAGUCUGAUCAACCGGAAUGGGCUACCUCAAUUGGUGCCAAUAUUGUUAACCAUGGUAAGGGUGGUAUCAAAUCAUUAAGAGCCACAGAGAAGGAACGUGAUGUUACUAGAUACGAAGAGGACAACUUCACUAGAAUGAACAAUAUGGGUACUAGCAAAGUUGAAAAGAGGAAACAGAAGCAAAGAGAAAGAAUGGCUAAAGUUAACAUUAUUGGUGGUGAAGAUUUCAGUAUUUUUAACUCUAAGAGGAAAAUGGAAGAUAGCACUUCCAGACGUGGUACCAAAAAGACACGUAGUGCAUGGGAUAGAGCAAAGAGGAGGUUGUAA